AUGAACUUCUACCCUGCGCCCCCCAUCAUCAAAGCAGAAAUUUACCUGCGCAUCCCAGACGAUAAGCGCUGCUUGGGCCAAGAGUCAGAAUGGCGCGGAGGCUUUGCGGGGUCGUUCCAGCACAUCUUCCUUGAGGGACCUGUUGUCGAUAGCGCUGGAAAUCUCUAUGUCGUGGAUGUUCCUUACGGUCGUAUCCUUAAAAUCGAUGGCGACAAGAAUGUCAGGGUUGCGUGCACUUGGGAUGGCGAGCCGAAUGGGCUCGUGGGGACUGUUGAUGGGGAUUUGUUGGUAGCGGACUACAAACAGGGUAUACUCUCGUUUAGUCCAGAGACAGGCAAGAUUGGUCCAAAGUUGACGAGAAAGAAUCUCGAGCGGUUCAAGGGGCCCAAUGACUUGAUCGUUGACUCAAAGGGCAAUCUCUACUUCACGGACCAAGGCCAAACAGGUAUGACAGAUCCAACGGGUCGCGUCUACCGCUUAUCACCAGAUGGAAGACUCGACACUUUGCUUGACAAUGGCCCCUCACCCAAUGGUCUCGUCCUCUCACGAGACGAGCGCUUUCUCUACGUCGCCAUGACACGGGCAAACCAAGUCUGGCGCCUACCCCUACAUGCAGACGGCACUACCUCCAAAGCCGGCGUGUUCUUCCAGUCUUUUGGCAACGCGGGCCCUGAUGGUCUUUCGCUUGACGAGGAGGGUAAUUUGUUCAUCUGUCAUCCAAGUCUUGGCUCGGUUUUUGUAGUGGAUACACAUGGUGUACCCAAAGCUCGGAUUGUUAGUGGAUCGCCGGGGAUCAAUCUGACGAAUUGUUGUUUUGGGGGACCGGAGCAUAAGACUUUAUUUAUCACUGAUAGCUUGGAGGGGAAUAUUCAGACGGUGGAUUGGCAUUGUCGGGGAGCUGUAGCUGCACCGGCGCUGAAACAAAGCAAAGAGUAG